AUGGAUACAGAUAAGCCAGCCAAUUUCAGAACUCGUGGUGACCUCCAGUUGUGGCUUAAAUUGACAGUCGUGCCAAUCUGCUUCAAACAAAAAUCUAAUCUCCAGAAUUCUUUUGUUUCAGUCCCCAAUGUACUAAUGAACAUGGGAAUGCAGAUCAACAUCAUGGAAGCUCCAAAGUCAUCGUAG